AUGGAUCUGGACGGCGGCGAAUCCCCGUGGGGUGAUGAACCCUCGACCUCGACCAGACAAACCGAGAGCUCCACUACCGCUACUACCACCGCUCAACCCACGACACAGGAAUCCUUAGCUGCGCCUCGAUCUCCCGCUCGACGUGGACCCAGAACGUCCCGAAAAGUCAGCGCGCAGGUCACCAAAUUGGAAGCGGUCGAUGACACAUCAGAUCCUCUGGGACCCCUAGGGGAGUCAACUAUCACAGAGGAGGCGCCUACACCACCACUCAAAGAAACAGGGGGUGCGCGAGUUGCACAACCGGCUUAUUCCUCAGCGCAAUCAUCUGCCGGAGCAUCCGUCGACCGGAGCGAUGAACAGCAACGAACCGUUAAUCCACCGCCAGUUCAGUUUCCAGGUACUGAGGCAGCACCAAAGCGACAAACUCAGCCUAGUAUAAGCGUUGAACAAGCUGCCAAGCCGACGUUCAACAUCACAGUGGGAGACCCGCACAAAGUUGGUGAUCUGACCAGCAGUCAUAUCGUAUAUCAGAUUCGUACCAAGACUACCUCGAAAGCAUACCGACGACCUGAAUUCGAAGUCAGCCGCCGAUACAGAGACUUCCUGUGGAUUUACAAUCAGCUACACAACAACAACCCCGGUGUUGUCGUCCCCCCUCCACCAGAGAAACAGGCUGUUGGCCGCUUUGACACCAACUUUGUAGAGUCACGACGAGCUGCCCUGGAGCGCAUGAUUAACAAGAUUGCAGCACAUCCAAUUCUUCAGCAUGAUGCAGAUCUCAAGAUAUUCUUGGAGAGUGAGACAUUUGGAAUUGACGUGAAGAAUAAAGAGAAUCGCGAGCCUGAUUUGGGUCAGAGCAAGGGCAUGUUUAGCUCAUUAGGCUUGUCUGUCGGUGGAGGCGGCAAGUUCAUUGAGCAUGACGACUGGUUCCAUGAUCGCAAAAUUUACCUUGAUGCCCUGGAGAAUCAACUGAAGGCCUUAAUGAAAGCUAUUGACACUGUUGUUGCUCAAAGGAAAGGUCUCGCUGAAGCCGCGGGUGAUUUUUCGGCUUCUCUUCAUGCAUUGGCGGCAGUUGAAUUAUCUCCCGUCCUUUCAGGUCCGCUAGAAGGUCUAUCGGAGCUGCAGCUACGGAUACGUGAACUCUAUGAGCGGCAGGCACAGCAAGACGUGCUUACAUUAGGAAUUACCAUUGACGAAUAUAUCCGACUAAUUGGUAGUAUCAAGACAGCAUUCUCUCAGCGACAAAAGUCCUUCCACAGCUGGCAUGCAGCUGAAGCAGAGCUUCAGAAGAGAAGACAUACGCAAGAAAAGUUACUUCGACAGGGGAAGUCGCAGCAGGAUCGUAUCAACCAGAGUAAUGCUGACGUCGCCGAUGCGGAGCGCAAGGUCCAUCAAAGCCGGCUAUUGUUUGAGGAUAUGGGCCGACUAAUGCGAAAUGAGCUGGAAAGAUUCGAAAAGGAGAAAGUGGAGGAUUUCAAGUCGGGUGUAGAGACUUUCUUAGAAGGAGCUGUCGAAGCUCAGAAAGAGUUGAUCGAACUAUGGGAGAGCUUUUUGCUCCAGCUUGAUGCUGGAGAGGAGGGCAACCCUCUCUAUCCACCCCAGCCAGAGAAUCAUGGAACAGAAGAAGCAGCGGCAGUCGAGUCUAACAAUGAACCUGCACAAUCCAAUCCUGAUGAGGAGAGGGCUGCUGCUGUUGCUGCUGCUGUAGCGGCAGAGGAGACACACUAGUGCUUUCUGUGAGGCUUUCUGAUAUACCUGUACCCAGUAUACCAUCACUGCUAUGAGAUUUACUUUUCUAUUUUUGUAAAUGAUAUCAUCUCCAUACUCU